AUGAAUAUAGCAUUUGAAGGGUGCUUUCAUGGCAACUUAGAAUAAGUUUAUAAAACAAUGACGUAUAUUGAGUAGUAGCAUAACAUUAAGAUAGAUGCUCUGAUUAGUUGUGGAGAUUUUUAAGCAAUUAGAAAUAAAGCAGAUAUGUAUUCAAUGAAAUGUAAAGAAAAAUAUCUUGAAAUAGGAAAUUUCCAUGAAUAUUAUACAGGCGCUAAAAAGGCUCCCUAUUUGACCAUAUUUGUAGGUGGAAAUCACGAAGCAUCAAAUCAUAAUAGAGAAUUGUAUUUUGGAGGAUGGGCUGCUCCAAAUAUUUAUUUUAUGGGAGCGUCUAAUGUUAUCGUACUUAAAAAAGGGAAUUAAUAGAUUCGUUUAGGAGGUAUUUCGGGAAUAUAUAAGUAAUAUGACUUUAUUAAAAGCUAGUUAGAAUCCUUUCCUUUUGAUAGCAAUAGUAUAGUUUCUUGCUUUCAUCAAAAAUAAAUAGAUAUAUUAAAGCUUAGUCAAAUUGGUUUAUGCAAUCCUACAUCAAAUAUGGAUGUUUUUUUGAGCCAUGAUUGGCCUACUGAUGUUGUAAGCCAUGGUAAUGUGGCUGAUUUACUUAGAAGAAAGAAAUUCUUUGCAGAAGAUGUAAGAAAUAAUUGUUUAGGGUCUUUUCCAUUAAACUACCUUUUGAAAGCUAUCAAACCUAAAUAUUGGAUUAGUGGUCAUUUGCAUGUCAAAUAUUCUGCAGUUUUUCCUCAUUCAAAAGACUCAAAAGAAGAUGUUACUCACUUUUUGGCACUAGACAAAUGUUUACCAAACAGAGAUUUCUUGCAAAUUAUUCCUUUUUGCAAAAAAUCUUGGAAUUUAUAAGAGGAAGAUAACAUUCAAAAUAGUUAACUAGACCAAGAUGAAAAAGAUGAUAUUGAUCAAGAAAUAGAGCUUUUUUAUGACGAAGAAUGGUUAGUGAUCUAAAAAAGUGUGUACGAAACAUUUAACUAUCAUCAGAAAUAAGAUUUCUUUAAUUUAUAAAAUAAUUAAAUCUAAUUGAAAGAUGUUGAUUUCUAGAAAAAAGUUUAAGAUUAAAUUAUUAAAAAUAAAAAUUAUUUUGAAAAUAAAAUUCUAAAAAUCCCUCUUAAUUUCAAAAUAACUUGUACUCCUUAUUCAGGCCCAUCUGACUAAACCUGCAUGCCAGAUAAAUUAGAUUUAAAUAAUUAAACUCUUGAUUAUUUAAAUCUUUUAGGAGUUAGCUAUGAAAGGCUAAGAGAUCUUUUGUUCUAUGAUAACGAAAAACCUUAGCAAAUGCUUAAUCAAAAUGCAACUAUAAACUAUAAUAGUCAUUUUGUAAUAAAAAAUAAAGAUGAAAUAGACCUCAAUGAUAGUGAUGAUUAAUAAGAGUAAAAAUAAAUAUAAACUAAAUAGGAUAGUCAUUAACCAAAUUAAAUUGUUUAGAAUUUAAAAGAAGAUAUAAAUUAAAUAUAAAAAUCUUCAUAAUAAUAACAAAAUAAUGAUAAAAAUAAAUAAGUAUUUACUGACUCGUCUUCUAUUAAAAUAGAUGAAUUACCUUUUCUUUGA